GCUCCGGACGCGACUGAACGAGUUCUCACCUCCCUAGAAGGACACCAGUCUCUGCAGCGGAUUUCUCUCGUUAAUUGUUCCCAGCAUACAUCGCCAAGAUGGGGUUCUUCUCGUCGAAGACGCUCAUUCAAGCGCACGCGCUUUUCCUGUUCGUUCUGGCCGUGUAUCUCACCAAGUCCCCUGAAGCCAUAACGGACUCUGAUCUGGUACUGCUGCUGGGGGAGGCUAUGAAGAUUGAUGUAUCUCCCACCUUUGCACGCCCUCAGUCUCCAUUCGCCCUGUGCGGCAUCCUUCUCGUUGCCGAUGCCCUGGUCGACUUGAUAGUGGUUACCAAAGUACCGCAGAUCAAUGAAGUGCUCGCACGGGCAGACGUUGCCAGAUCGCGGUCUAAUGGAUCGACCGCAGUCAUAGGCAACAAUCCGUUCGCCAUCCGCAUGGCCGCUCUUUACUCCGAGAUCUGGACACUGCUAGCAGCAUCGCGAUUCUGCCUUUUCUUCGCCGUGUCUAUUUUCAUAUACCAGAGUAAGCCUGUCGCGUGGGGGGUAAGCGCAGACGAAUCUGAAACUAUGACUGGGUUGGGCCAGUUGAAGAACCGCGUGGUUUUCACAUAUGGGUUCAUGGAGAUGAUGUUUUGGCUCUGGAUCCUUCUCACCCUUCGUGAAGAGCGGCAAGAAACGGCAGCACGCCUAGCAGCCGCUGAGGCAGAACACCUACAAUAACGAAAGACUUAAUAUUCCUACAUACACCGAUAGAUUUGUUAUUGGUUGCAUCUAUUCGAUUUCUCAUUCUAUCAUAGGCGCUAGACAUUAUCAGAAUUACCUUAUACGAUUUUGGUAGCCACAGUGGGUCUCCAGGGCUGUCCCGAGACCGGAGAAUGGCUACCCUGGGAAGGCGAAGAUCAAGAG